AAGACUAGUCUCUGUGUGUGUGUGUCUGUGAGAGAGAGAGAGAGAGAGAGAAUUGAAAGUCUUCCGCAACCGUUGAAACUUUGAAUCUAAGCAUUAAAUAAGGUCCUCAAAAUCAGUUGGCUUUGGUUGUUCACAAUCACAGUCUCUUAUUACUACUAGAAUUUCUAUUUAUUCUUUUUCUUUUGCAUUUAAAACUAGCACUUGUUUCUUUCUAGUUUUCUCUCUCUCCCUUUCACCUACUCUCUCCCUCUAUCUCAACAACUCUCAUCUUUGGCACAACAGAUUGAGCAAUGAGCAUACAAAUGUUAAAAAACACCCCAUUUUCCAGGCAAAGUUUGUGACUUUCUGACACUUUGGUCAAAAUUGGCUAAAAACUUUUCUGGGUUUUGUCUGAAACAAGUUUUUGGAUAAUGGGUAAUCGGUUUAUUUGCAUGGCAAAGAAGGAUGUGAAAGAAAAUGGAUCCAGAAGCAAAAGAAUUGGCAGGUCUCAGAGGAAACUAUUGGCUGAGGAGGAGUUCUUGCACAAGCAAGCUUUGUCCAUGGCUCUUCAUCAGCACCAGUUGUCUCAGAGGUUUGAGGGAUCCAUGUCAAGGAGAAUCGGGUCCACCAGUAAGAGACGCAAUCUUGGUGAUGAAUCAUUCUCAAAUGGAAAACAGGUGCCAGAAAUCCUACAGAACAUUCAAACAAAAAAAUUUAUUCUUAUAAAUGGAGAAGGCUUUGGAGCAUGGUGUUGGUAUAAAACUAUUUCUCUGCUGGAGGAAUCAGGAUUGCUUCCUACUGCCUUGGAUCUCACGGGUUCUGGUAUUGAUCUGACUGAUACAAAUUGUGUUGCCACAUUGGCAGAGUAUUCAAAGCCAUUGAUUGAUUAUCUACAGGAGCUUUCCGAGGAUGAAAAGGUCAUUCUGGUUGGUCAUAGUAGUGGUGGUGCAUGUAUUUCUUAUGCAUUGGAACAUUUUCCGCAGAAGAUAUCAAAAGCAAUUUUCAUUUGCGCUACAAUGGUAUCUAAUGGCCAGAGGCCUUUUGAUGUGUUUGCUGAAGAGCUUGGUUCUGCAGAACUUUUUAUGAAAGAAUCAAAGUUUUUAAUUCAUGGAAAUGGAAAAGACAAACCUCCUACGGGAUUCAUGUUUGAGAAAGAGCAAAUGAAGGGGUUAUAUUUCAAUCAGUCCCCAACGAAGGAUGUUGCAUUGGCCAUGGUUUCCAUGAGACCCACCCCACUUGGUCCUAUCAUGGAGAAGCUGUCAUUAUCCCCUGAAAACUAUGGAACAGGCCGGCGGUACUAUAUUCAGACUCUGGAUGAUCGUGCACUUUCACCAGAUGUUCAAGAGAAGCUAGUGAGAGAAAACCCACCGGAAGGAGUUUACAAGAUAAAAGGCAGUGACCACUGCCCAUUCUUCUCAAAGCCACAAUCACUGCACAAAAUUUUGGUUGAAAUUGCGCAAAUUCCUUAACUUAAUUAUCAGGAAAUGUUUCUUUUCUUCUUUUUCUUUUUUUCCCCCCACUUCUUACAAAAUGCAAAAGUAGUUAAUUAAUUACAUGACUUUACAAUUGGAAAGCCAUUGUUGUACGUAGAUCACAGGGGCCCUGUUUAUUGCUAUAUUCUGCUUUUACCGUUUUGAAAUAUGGAUGGAGGUAAAAACGUAUUAGCUUAUUUUUCCAGACACAAAUGGAAUGUCAUGUUAAAUGUGGUUCGAAA